AUGUCUCAUUCCAACAACACGGCCAAAACCCUUGACGGCCCCGCGACUACUCAACUUGAUUGGAUCGCCGACGCGCAAGAUGCCAAUGCUCAAGAGCAUGACCUCAAGUUCUUCGAUGCCCUGAAGCUGUAUCGUAAAUCAGUUUUAUGGGCUCUUCUCAUGUCUACCGCCAUCUUCAUGGAAGGCUAUGACACAAUGCUCAUGGGCAAUAUGUUCGGCCUGCCAGAGUUCCGGAAGCGCUAUGGGCAGCCUGCCAAAGGCGACACUUAUCAGAUCCCGGCUCCUUGGCAGGCUGGUCUUACCAACGGCAGUGCUUGUGGCCAGUUGGUUGGCUUAUUGGUGUCUGGUUAUAUGACCGAGAGGUUCGGCUUCCGCAAGACCAUGACCCUUGGUCUGACUGCCAGUGCUGCCUUUAUCUUUUUCCCCUUCUUUGCUCCUAGCCUUGCGGUGCUUGAGGUUGGCCAAGUUCUAUUUGGGGUUUUCAUGGGUCUCUACCAGACGAUUCCUGUCGUGUAUGCUAAGGAAAUAUCACCCGUUUGUCUUCAGGCUUAUUUGACAACUUGGGUGAACACCUGCUGGGCAAUCGGUCAUCUUAUCGGCGCUGGCAUUCUUCGAGCCCUUCUCGUACGUGGCGAUGAGUGGGGAUAUAGAAUUCCGUUUGCCAUACAAUGGGUUUGGCCCCUUAUUCUGGUCCCAAGCCUCUAUUUCGCACCUGAAUCGCCGUGGUGGCUCGUCCGAAGAGGAAGAUUGGAAGAAGCAAAAAAGGUACUAAAGCGACUCACAUCUACGGAACACGCUCACUUCGACAUCGACAAGGCUGUCUCUUUUAUGGUAGUGACGACCAAUUUCGAGAGGGCCAUUAGCGCUGAGACAUCAUACCUGGCCUGCUUCAAAGGGACCGAUCUGAAGAGAACACUGAUUGCAAUUGGUGUCUACUGUAUUCAGACUCUCAGCGGCAACCCUCUACGGAGCUACUCAACUUAUUUCAUGGAGCAAGCUGGCUUUCCAACAACUCAAGCGUCCAACAUGACCAUUGUCAACUAUUCACUGGCAUUGGUUGGUGGACUCGUGUCGUGGCCACUGUUAACUCUUUUUGGCCGUCGAUCUAUAUAUGUCUGGAGUCUUUUCCUCAUGCUUGUUCUCAUGAUACUCAUCGGCGGUAUCGGAAUUCCUCAAGCUAACUCCUCUGACCAUUCAUAUUCGUGGGCCAUUGCUGCCCUCCUCAUCGUCUCGUCAUUCCUUUACAACGCGACGAUGGGUCCUCUGACAAACGCGAUAUGCUCAGAGGUCCCGUCAACACUCCUAUGCAGCAAGACAGUCGUGCUUGCUAGAUGGUUUUACACAAUUACUUCAAUUACCGCUGGCGUUCUCACACCAUAUCAGCUCAAUCCGACCGCUUGGAACUGGGGAGCCAAAACAGGCUUCUUCUGGGCAGGUGGUUGUCUUAUUUCCUUUAUCUUUGCUUACUUCUGUGUGCCGGAAACAAAGGAUCGCACAGCAGCCGAGGUGGAUAUCUUGUUCAACCGUAAAGCAAGCCUGCGUUCUUUCUCCAAAACUUCCGUUGAUUUGGUAGAGGCUGUGGUUGGCGACAAUGGCAAGGAGAGGAACUAA